AUUCUUUUCCCACGCAAACCCAUUCACUUCUUCAUGUCUUCUUAUUCGCUCUAUCAAUGUUUCUUUUCGUAAUUUUUUUUUCCUGAUCUUUUUGGUUUUCGAUUGUCAGGAUUGCUCUCUGAUUUUUUUUUUCCCCUUUUCUUUGGAGUCGGCUUCUUGCUAUUUGUUCCCCGCAAUAUCCUUCAGUGGAUUUUACUUGCUUUUUGGUAAUCCCAGACGCUGAAUGAAUGGGAGCAGUGGUUGUCUUGGAUGCUAUCAAAAGCCCGUGGCUAUUAGCACAGUGGAAACGCCUUCCAAAGGGCUGGCAAUGCAAGGUAAGGCUUUGAAGAAAUCCAGUACAUCGGAGGAUUUCUGGACCACAAGCACACAUGAUAUGGACAAUAGUGCUUUUCUGUCACAAGGAAGCAUCUCAUCAACCAGUGCGACAAACCAAGUGCUAGAUCCUCAUGGUGCCUCUAGCAAAAUCAGUAAUCCCGCUGAAUUUAUAAAUCAUGGUCAUAUUCUUUGGACACAGACUCGGCAACGUUGGUUAAGAAAUAAUAGAUCUUAUUAUCCGAACCAAACAAAACGGCAACAAGAACCCAGAUUAAGUUCGAAUGCAACAUAUGAAAGUUUACUGGGAAGCAACAAGCCAUUCUCUCAGCCAAUCCCUCUUUCAGAAAUGGUAGAUUUUCUGGUGGACGUCUGGGAACGAGAUGGCCUUUAUGAUUGAGGCAUGAAAGAUUAGGGGAGUGCUGUUUGGUUAGAGUAGCUAAAGUAAAUCUCAGUUUCUUGCUUCUGCAGAAAGAGAAGUUUGGGCAUCCUCUGCAAAAUUGUAUUUAUACCUGAAUUAAUUGAUGACGGGAGGCAAGUUUUUCAUCUAUUCAAUCCUUUUCUCUUGAAGUUUGCUGAGUAGCCAUUGCCCCGCACAAACUGAAACUUUCAAUAAGGACAGAACUGCAUUGUCAUAGAAAGUAAUACGAGUGAAGUUCAAAUUCAUCAUUUUCAA